AUGUUCUCGCGAGCUCUGAGGACAAAGGCCGCCGCCGCCCCGCUGCGCCGCUUCUACGCAGCUCCGCUCGCCGCGCGCCGCACCGUCACCACCGACGCAGCUUCGUCGCACGCUGACCGCGAGGCCGUCCCCUCUGAGGAUGACAAGCCCUUCGAGGUCCGCCUCUCCGACGAGGCCUUCGAGACCUACGAGCUCGACCCGCCCUCCUACACCCUGCAGACGACCAAGAAGGAGCUGAAGCAGAUGUACUACGACAUGGUCGCUGUCCGCCGCAUGGAGAUGGCCGCCGACCGUCUGUACAAGGAGAAGAAGAUCCGUGGUUUCUGCCAUCUUUCCACCGGUCAGGAGGCCGUCGCCGUCGGUAUUGAGCAUGCCAUUGACCGCAACGACUCGAUCAUUACCGCCUACCGUUGCCACGGUUUCGCCAUGAUGCGCGGUGGCUCCGUCAAGUCCAUCAUCGGCGAGCUGCUGGGCCGGAGAGAGGGUAUCGCCUACGGAAAGGGUGGCUCCAUGCACAUGUUCGCCCCCAACUUCUAUGGUGGUAACGGUAUCGUCGGCGCCCAGGUUCCUGUCGGUGCUGGUAUUGCCUUCGCCGACCACUACCUUGGCAACAAGGCCGUCACCCUCUCGCUGUACGGUGAUGGUGCUUCCAACCAGGGCCAGGUCUUCGAGGCGUUCAACAUGGCUAAGCUGUGGAACCUCCCUGUCAUCUUCGCCUGCGAGAACAACAAGUACGGCAUGGGUACUGCCGCUUCCCGUUCGUCCGCCUUGACCGACUACUACAAGCGUGGCCAGUACAUCCCCGGUCUCAAGAUCAACGGUAUGGACGUCCUCGCCGUCAAGGCCGCCACUGCCUUCGGUAAGGAGUGGGCCGCUGCCGGCAAGGGUCCUCUUGUCUUCGAGUUCGUUACCUACAGAUACGGUGGUCACUCCAUGUCCGACCCUGGCACCACCUACCGCACCCGUGAGGAGAUCCAGCGCAUGCGCAGCACCAACGACCCCAUUGCCGGCAUCAAGCAGAAGCUGCUCGACUGGGGCGUCACCAGCGAGGAGGAGCUCAAGGCCAUCGACAAGGAGGCCCGCAGCAACGUCGACGCUGAGGUUGCCGAGGCCGAGAAGAUGGCUCCUCCGGACGCUACCGCCCAGAUCCUCUACGAGGACAUCUACGUCCGCGGUUCUGAGCCUGCCUUUGUCCGCGGCCGUGUCCCCGAGGAGAACUUCUACUACGCCGAGAGCACCAUCUCUUCCGAGCCCGCCAAGAGGGUUACCGGCGUCAACUAA